AUGAUGUGGGAAGAGUUUUACGACUAUUUCCAACACCACAACGACGAAGAAUCGGAAGGCGACAAUGAUGUCAACUUCGAUUUUUUUUCAGUUUUAUACAAGCCAAAGGAUUAUUAUAAAAUAUUGGAAGUGGAUUUUGAUGCCUCAGAGGAAGUUAUUCGGUCCAAUUAUAUCCGUCUUGCUUUGAGAUGGCACCCGGAUAAGCAAAAAGAUGAGGACAGUGCGACUUCAAGAUUCCAAGAAAUCAACGAGGCUUACCAAGUUUUGAGCGAUCCUGUGAAACGACGAGAAUACGAUGAGAAAGGGAUGCUUUUUGCCUAUGAUAACAAUGUCAUUGAUUACCUCCAUCGUUACAAGGGUCUUAUUUUAACUUGCAACGGUCUUGGCAUGAAGUAUAAGCCACCACACGCAAACCCAGGAGGGAAAGAUAAAGAGAGAAACUCUGUACUCCACUCGAAUGACCGAAAAAGUAUAGAUAAGGCUCCCUUCCUCCUCGGCACCGCCACCGCUACCGCUACCGUUUCCGCUACGGCCAACGCCACUCCUCCAUUAUCUAUGGUAGCAUCACUCUUCUCCCCUGUAACCUCCACCCAUUUCCCACCUCAACUUCUCUUUUUCCAUCCAAAAUCCAUCCCCUUUCCACUACUCAAACCCCGCCAUCGAUUCAUCCCCUCCAAUUCUUCUGCUUCCUCAGCCGCCUCAAGUGAAAACAGCAAAUCUUCUACGGUAUCGAGCUCAAUUAACCAAAACCGCCCACGAACUCUGUUCCCAGGCGGCUACAAGCGACCUGAGAUCAAGGUCCCGAAUCUCGUGCUCAGGUUGAGGUCUGAGGAGGUUUUACGGGACAAUGAUAAUGUUCUUGACGUAAUUGACAAUGCAGUCUCCGAUAGAGUUGGAAUUGUGGUGCUUAAUGGCGAAGGAGGUUCACCGUUUUUCGAUAUGCUUCGUGCUUGUUUACUGAAGUCGGUAAUCAGGGACCGCGCAUACUUGUUAAUUGAUGAGCGCGUUGACAUCGCAGCUGCUGUUAAUGCCAGCGGAGUAUUGCUUUCUGAUCAAGGUCUCCCUAGUAUUGUUGCAAGGAAUACAAUGAUGGGUUCAAAUACUGAGUCAAUAGUUCUUCCUUUGGUGGCAAGAAACGUCCAAACUUCAGAUGCUGCAUUAGAUGCGUCUAAUUCCGAAGGUGCUGAUUUUCUCAUUUAUAGCGUUAGAGGUGAUGGUCAUUCUGAGGGACUGGUGAACACUGUACUUGGGAGUGUAAAAAUUCCAAUUUUUAUCACAGUCGAUUCACUCAGAGAUGAGUUAUUGUUUGAAAAAGCUUUGAAUUUACUAAGAUUAGGAGCUAGUGGCAUAGUGGUUUCAGUGGAUGAGUUGAAAAUGUUCAGAUAUGAUGACUUGAACAAGCUGUUUCAUGGUGACUAUGCAUCAAAUAAGAAAGCAGAGGAAAGAAGUCAAAGUUCCGAUAGGCUCAAAACUUUGGAUACUGAUAAUGGAUUUCCUGGUAAGAAGGCUAAGGCUGGCUUUACCAAAUUGGACGAGAAGGAGCAACAGUUUAUAGAAAAAGAGAGAGCAAUUUUGCUUGAAACUAUAGAUGCCAUCCACAGAGCUGCACCACUGAUGGGGGAAAUCUCACUUCUCAGAGAUGCUGUUUCUCAACUUGAUGAGCCAUUUUUACUGGUUAUAGUGGGAGAGUUCAAUUCUGGCAAAUCUAGCGUCAUUAAUGCUUUUCUGGGGCAAAGAUACUUGAAGGAUGGAGUUGUUCCCACAACAAAUGAGAUCACCUUUCUACGCUAUUCUGAGUUGGAUUAUAAUCUUCAGCAUUGUGAAAGGCAUCCCGAUGGUCAAUAUAUAUGCUAUUUACCUGCUCCAGUUCUUAAAGAAAUGAUAAUUGCUGAUACGCCUGGAACAAAUGUGAUUCUUCAAAGGCAACAACGCCUCACGGAGGAAUUUGUGCCCCGUGCAGAUUUAAUUCUUUUUGUUAUCUCUGCCGAUCGGCCGUUGACUGAAAGUGAGGUUACUUUUCUUCGCUACAUUCAACAGUGGAAGAAAAAGGUUGUGUUUGUGCUGAAUAAGUCUGACCUUUAUCAAAAUGCAGAAGAGCUUAAGGAAGCUAUUACAUUUAUCAAAGAAAACGCAAAGAAGGUGCUGAAUACUGAUCAGGUGAUGCUUUUCCCUGUAUCAGCAAGAAGUGCUCUUGAAGCAAAGCUCUCUUCUCCUUCCAGGGUUCUGGGACAGUAUGAACAAGAACAAUCUAUGAAUGCGUCAUAUCAGGGAGCCAGUGACUUCUCUGAUCUUGAAAAGUACUUGUACAGCUUUUUAGAUGGGUCAACAAGUACAGGGAUUGAGAGGAUGAAGCUUAAGCUCGAAACACCACAAUUCUAA